GAACCUUGACAAACAUGUGGAGCGGGUACAUAAGGAUCAAGAUAUGUACAGUCCUGAGUUCUUAAAUGCAAAGAAGCACUCAGCAUGUGGUGGGAAAUCUCUGUCUUAUUGCAUUCAACAAUACCAAAUAUAUUUAUCUGAAACUGGGGUUGGGAAGCGACAACAAACUAGUCUUUCGGUUGCCAAGAGCUACGGAAACCAGGUGAGAGCGCUUAUACCUGAUAUUGAAACUCUUCAAAAGCCCCUAAAAGUGUACAACAACCUUAAAGGAAAGAUAACUGGCGAAGGAAAAGAUUCAACAAGAUAUGCUUACAUAGCAACGUUGCUUAAUUUCAUUAAGUUCUAUAAAGUUCAUGAAUAUCGGUUAGUUGAUCCGAAAAAGAUUGAUUUAUUAUAUAUGGAAGCCAAAGAUUGGGAGGCAAGACAAAAAAAAAUAAAGAAGAAGCGUGAGUUUAUUGUAAAGGAAAAGUCUAGAAAAAAAAUUGCUGGCAUUCAGAACGCAUACGAAGCAAUACUUAUUUAUGAAAAUUCAACAGAAUGCAGAAGAGUUAGAAGCUUAGUAAAUAAUUCCAAAAUUAUCAAAAAGAAUCUUGAACUACUUUAUGCCAACUUGUUCUGUCGUGUUAUUUGCAAACUGGGUUGUAGACCAAGUGUCUUUACUGGGAUGACAAUAUCAGAACUCAAUCAGCAUGAAAAGACAGCCGAUAACAAUUACUCUAUUUUAGUUAAAAAACAGAAGGAUGUUCAACCUGCAUGCCUGGUUGUUAACGAAAUGGAGUUCAAGGAUAUUAAAAGAAUUUCAAAAGUGGCAUGGCAAUACACAGAGCAAAAACCUUCUUUAGAGAGUGUGGUGUUUCCAUCAUUGGUAGGAAAUGGGUGUUCCCUGAGCAGUCCUGAAUUUAGCCGGUUAUUUAAAUUAGCAUCCAGUGUAGUGUUUAAUCACACAUCAUUAACUGCUACAGACAUCCGCAAAAUUAUUCAGACUUUAGUGAGAGACGAGCCUUUAAACGUUCAAGUUGCUGUUGCAAAAGCGUCUGGGCAUUCUGUUCAAGUUGCUGAUCAAGUGUACAAUGUUAGCCAUCCUCAUGAAUCCGUAGAAAAAGCGAGGAGGUUAUUGGAGGAAAGGGCAGUUGUUAAGGUUUCAGAUGGUAAAACCUCAGAGCUUCUGGUUCAGGAAGAAGAUCUCGGCUUAACAGACAAAACGCUACCAUUGAUAGAUGAUACAAAUAAUGAAAUUUCAGAUGAUAAAACCUCAGAGCUUCUGGUUCAGGAAGAAGAUCUCGGCUUAACAGACAAAACGCUACCAUUGAUAGAUGAUACAAAUAAUGAAAUUGAAUUCAUUCGCGUGAGAUUUGAGGAUGACGGGGAGUUUGUUAUAUUAUAUCGAACAAAAGAUGUGAGGCGUAUAGGUUCAAGAGUAGGAGUCAGGUUCCUCAGUGAAAUAAAAACUGGAGACAAGUGUAAGGCACGUUGGCCUGGUGACAAACAAUUCUAUUUGGCCACAAGGGUUAAUAUGAAAGAAGGUGCCUCAAACUUCGAAGGGCAGUCAGACUCUGAGUUUCCAAACUCCCCAAUGAACUCACCUAAAAAACUUAGGAAGUUAGCCUGUAAAAAGUCCCUUCUUGGUUCCCAUACCCCGUAGUGGAAGAUAUUGUAAGAUGGAGGGUUACUUCUCUUCUGUUCAGACACUUUUCUCUGUGUGUAUUGAGGAUGUUAUCUAAAAUUGUUUCAAAAAAUUAUUUUUUUUCAAUAUUUUAUUGUUUAAAGUCGGUGUGUGUUGUGGUUAGGGGUUAAAGUCGGAUUUUAUUGUUUAAAGUUGGUGUGUAUUCAAUAUUUUAUUGUUUAAAGUUGGUGUGUAUUCGAUAUUUUAUGGUUUAAAGUCGGUGUGUAUUCGAUAUU